AUGGUUGACUUAACCAGAAUUUCAAUAUUAGUUUGCUUUCACAUAAUACCCCAAAUAUCUGCUUUUCCAGCACGCUUUGAUAAUGAUGAUGAUGAUAAUAAUAGUGGCACACGAGUGGAGGCAAACACAUUAAGAUUAGACUUAGGAGAUGGCGGGGACCUUAUCAGCAAUGACCCACCCGAGGAUUAUGAUUCCUCAGCACUAUUAAUAAUCAUCGGAAUAUUCGUGGGGCUUUUUUUCACCAUGACGGUGGUAUUAUUGGCAGUGAUAUUGAAGAAAGUGCUUCUGAAUACUGGUCCGUUGCAAUUAAGUAACAAUACCCCCGGUUCGUUUGCUGAUGAGCAAGAAGAGGAAGAAAACCUUUUGAAUUUGCCAUACGAAGAACAGCUGUUGUACAGACAGGCCAAACUAUUUCUCCAUUUCAAUCCUCCUGAAUUGGCUACCGAUUUGACGUUGGCUCAGUAUUUGAAAAUCGAAGAAAAGGGGAUCGGGGCCUGGGAUUUCAUUCCCGAUCCUAGCAUGCCGCCAAAUAUCAUAAAUGUCGAGAAUCGAACGGAAUUGGACUUCAGUUUCCAAUCAAACACCUUCAAAGUUAAUUAUCCGUGCUCGAUCCAAUCUAAUUUACCAAUCCCUAGAACCCACGAGGUUUAUUAUUUUGAAUCCAAGAUCUUUGAGUUGCCACAUCCUGAAGAAACCCAAUUAUCCAUCGGGUUAUCGACAAAACCGUAUCCUUUCUUUAGGUUGCCAGGAAGACACCAAUUCUCUAUUGCCUACGACCAUGAUGGUUCCAGACGGUUCAAUAAUUCUUUUGAAGUUAGCGAGAAGGAAAACAACGUUUUCCCAAAAUUGGAAAAAGGAGACGUCGUGGGAAUUGGUUAUAGAACCAGGACCGGGACGAUUUUCUUUACAAGAAACGGGAAAAAAUUAUCUGAACGCAAGCUUGGCGGGCAUAUCAAGAAAUUGACUUGCUUAUUAUACCCUACAGUUGGUGCCACCAAUGAUUGCAAAAUCCAUAUCAAUAUUGGGCAAAUCGGCUACGUUUUCAUCGAGGCCAACGUUAAGAAAUGGGGGUUUGCGGGAAUUGAGGGCACACUACCCCCACCACCGCCUUAUGGCCAAGUGCACGAUGAUGUGUUGAUUGAAAGCAGAUCCGACGUUGAUGAAACCGAUAUUUUGAGUAGAGAUAACGAGGAGUUUUUUUCCUUCAAUAGUAGUAAUACUCAUCAUCAACAACAAAAACAACAACAACAACAACAAACCCCGGGAACUAGGGCGGUCAGUGCCAGCUAUAUUGAAGAUCGAAAUCUCUGCGAUACUAGUGAACGAGGUUCCAUUCCAAACUUCCCACCUCCAUUCUGGGCAAGCAGUGUCAGUAUUGUCGAUAAUAUCACUCUAAAUACUUUAGAACAGGAAUUGCCGCCGCUUUACACUUCUGAUAAUGAUUUAGAGAGCGAAAACGAAUAUGAUAAUUUGUCAGUAUAUGGGAAUAUAGUGGACACUUCUGAGGAUGUUACUAGGGAGGUGAUAAUAGAUAAUAAUGAUAUAGAAAAUGAAAAUGAAAAUGAAAACGGUGCAACCGAGCAGUGA